GAGGAGGAAGCCUGUGAGCCGUGCGCGCGCCGCGUCUGACGCACCUAUUGUUUUUAAGAGGCACGAGAGCACAGGUGAGUAGCUGACACCUGGAGCCGGACUACCGCGGAGUCUCAGACCUUCAGUUCGCGUGCGGUACAGUAACAACAUGAGCAAAACCAAGAACAAAAGCGACAACAAGACGGAAAAAGCUUUGGCUGCGGAGAAGGAGCAGUUCGGCAAACAACAGCUCCACAGCAUCAGCAAAAUUGUCACCGCCGCUGAAACACCGCCCAAAGAGAAAUAUGUGCGCAAUGUCAUCCUGGGAACACAUAAGGAGGGUGGAGCUACCACCUUCUGGUCCUACAUCCUGAACCUGCCUCUGUCCAGCAACUCCAUGAUCAGCUGGAAGUUCUGCUACCUGCUGCACAAAGUCCUGCGUGGCGGACACAGAAACGCCGUGAGAGAUUCUCACAGAUACUGUCGCAACGUCAAAGAUAUGGGCGUUCUCUGGGGAAACUUGCACGAUCGAUACGGCCACAUUGUCGCCUUGUCUGCCAAAUUCCUCUGCCUCAAAAUGGAAUUUCAUGCAAAGCACAAGGUGAUCCCGGGCAACCUGGAGGCCAGCGACGAGACUUUGGAGAGGGAGGCAGGAAACGACAUGACGAACGUGUUAGAUAUGACACAGGAACUGCUGGAUUACCUGGAUGCUGGACUGAAGAUGUCUGAGACAGUUCUGCGUCAGUUGGACGCCAAUGGGGCCAAAUCCAACACUCCAGCUGGACAGUGCAGAUUGACGCCUCUGAUACCCCUCAUACUGGACUGCAGCUUCCUCUACCACUUCUCAGUCCGGCUGAUGUUCAAACUCCACAGCCGCAUUGCUCCAGAUGUUCUUCUGGGACAUCGAGAGCGCUUCCGUGACCUCUUUACGAGCCUCACGCAGUUCUUCGACAGAGCCAGAGAAAUGGAGUUCUUUAAAAGCAUCAUCCAGAUCCCAGAUCUCCCAGACGCUCCUCCAAACUUCCUUCGCGCUGCCGCCCUGGGUGAAUAUAAGAGGCCAGUGGUGGUGAUCCCGAACGAGGAGCGUCAGGAGGAGGAGGAGGUGGAGCCGCAGGCGGAGGUUCGGGAGGCGCCGCAGAUGCCACAGUAUUAUUUGCUCAGCCAAAUGGGAGCAGCCGAUGCUUCGCUUGGCCAGAGAGAAGCAGAAAACGACAGUCUGAAGAGAGAGCUAGAGGUGCUCAAACCAGAGCUACAGCUCAUCAAGACCGAGGCUCAGAGGUGUGUGACUGAGUUAAAGGCUCAGGUGAAUCGUCUGGAGGCCGAGGCCGAGGAGCAGCGCACCCACAAACAGAUGGCUAUGGUGGAGAACGAACACCUGCGGAUGGAGGUGGAAGCUCUGCGGAGCGCUAACGUGGCCAGUGUCGGGGCUCAGAUCGGAUUCAAGGAGGCAGACACUCGAGCUCAGGCAGCGGAGCUUCGUUUCGCUCAGCUCAAAGAGAGGCACGCCGAGCUGAUCACCAGCCACGCUGACCUAAUGAAGAAGAACGCAGACACAGUGAAGAUCCUGUCCAGUACAAAACAAGGCCAAGAAGAUCUGCUGCGAGCCAAACAGCAGCUGGAAAACGAGCUGGAAAGUCUGCGACGGGAGAAAAUAAACGCGAUGAAUCAGCAGCAGCAGGUUCAACACCUGAACCAGGAACUACUGGAGCAAAGAGCAGAGCUGGCUGCCCUCCGCAGCACCCUGGACAGUAAAGAGAUGGAGGGGUCUCAGGCAAGCAGCAGCCUGGCAGCUCUGCAGGCCGAGCGGGACGUGCUGCUUCACUCUGCCAGAGAGAAAGACGCUGAGAUUUCCUCGCUGAGACAGCAGGCUCAACAGCAGCAGGGCUCUCUGGACCUGGAGAGAGACAGACUGAACCGAGAGCUGGAGGCCCUGAGAGCUCAGCUGCAGCAGCAGCUCACCAUCAAUGCAGAGCAGAAGUUAGAGAUCGACCGGCUGAGACGGGAGCUGGACUCAACACGAGCAGAACUGGCUCGAGCGAACGGCGCCCUGCAGAGCAAAGAAAUGAGUGGCUCCCAGCUGAGCAGCACCCUGGCUGGGCUGCAGGCGGAGAGGGAGGUGCUGCGGCGCUCGGUGAGGGACCAGGAGGCUGAGCUGAACUCCCUCAGACAGCAGGCUCAGCUCCACCAGAGCUCCCUGGAGCAGGAGAGGCAGAGGAGCAGCAUGGAGCUGGGAAGCCUGCACGCUCAGCUACAGCAACAGGCCUGUCGGGAAGGUGAGCUGACCCAGAAGCUGCAGGAGGAGCAGUUCUGUCUGCUGCAGUGUGCUGUUGUGGAGGCUGAGGGCAUCAUACUGGACGCUGUGGCCAAACUGGAUGACCCCAUACAUGUCUGCUGCAUCAGCUCACCUGAUUAUUUGGUGAAUCGAGCAGAAAUCACUCUCAGUUCUAUAGACAAAAUGCAGCAGAGCCACCUGGUCUAUCUGGGAAACAGGAACGAUGCCAGUGGUUUGUUGAGAGCGGUCACUCAGUUUUCCCACCUCGCCGCCGACACCAUCGUCAACGGAUCAGCAACAUCGCACUCUGCUCCGACCGACCAGGCCGACCGUUUGACUGACAGCUGCCGGGACUGUGCAAACAGCUGCCUCCAGUUCUUGAAGGAUCUGAAGCUUCAGGCCAGUUUGCAGAGAGCAGAUCCGUCUGCGGUGCGCUACACUGUCCAACGUAUCCUCGCCUUGGGACAGGAUUUACGUCCAAAAGGUCGGGAUGUGCUGAAAGAAGAGCUGGGAUACGUGGUGGAUAAAGAGAUGAUCGCGACGUCGACCGCCAUUGAGGAGGCAGUGCUGCGAAUGGACGAGAUACUGAACCAGGCAAAGAGAGACACCAGUGGCAUUAAGCUGGAGGUCAACCAGAGCAUCCUGGGAUCCUGUUCAGACCUGAUGAAGGCUGUUCACAUACUGGUGACGGCGUCUACCGACCUGCAGAAAGACAUUGUGGAAGGAGGCAGAGGGGCAGCGUCUGUCACAGAAUUUUAUGCCAAAAACUCUCGCUGGACAGAAGGACUCAUCUCCGCCGCCAAAGCCUGCGGCUGGGGCGCCACCCAGCUGCUGGACUCUGCUGACCGGGUCGUGGGUGAAAACGGUCGAUACGAGGAGCUCAUCGCCUGCUCACACGAGAUCGCUGCGAGCACGGCUCAGCUGGUGGCCGCCUCAAAGGUGAAGGCCGACCGCGGCAACAAGAAGCUGCACACGCUGCAGCAGGCAUCGCGACACGUAAACGACAUGGCUGCCGUGGUCGUCGCCUCCACCAAACACGGGCAGCAGCAGAUCUCAGACCAAGGUGUGAUGGACUUCUCUGGCAUGUCUCUGAUCAAGCUGAAAACAGAGGAAAUGGAGGCUCAGGUGAAGGUGCUGCAGCUGGAGAACCAGCUGGAGCAGGAGCGAGUCCGCCUGGGGGAGCUGAGGAAGAGGCACUACGAGCUCGGCGGGGCCGGCGACGGCGAGGACGAGGCCGACAGCUUCCCACCGCCGCCGCCGCCCACACUGCUCGACUCCGUGCCGCCACCUCAGUCCUUUUCUCAGACGCAGCCCUACCUGAACACCCAGAGCUUCGCACCAUCCAACCCCUUCACCACGGCUCCAACACCAUCCACCUCACUGCCUCAGGCUUACACACCGACACACACCUUCUCCCAGACCCAAAGCUACACACCUCCGCAAACCUACACCCCUCCUCAAAGCUACACCCCUCCUCAAACCUACACCCAGACCCAAACCUACACCCCUCCUCAAACCUACACCCCUCCUCAAACCUACACCCCUCCUCAAACCUACACCCCCCAGCCUUACGUCCCAGCUCAGCCCUACACACCAAACCCCACCCAAAGUUACCUGAAGCCUCAGCCGUACUCACUGUCACAGCCUUCGUCACACACCUCCAGCCUCUCCCGGCCUAACUCGCCGUCUCUGCCCCAGACGACCCCGCCGAACAGCACGGAGACCAAACCGGCCUCCAGGAAACCCAACAUCUUCACCAAAUCUGGAAACUUGCUGAAGAACGCGUUCAAACGAGGUGAAGCAGGAACAGGGGAAUCCUGAAGAAGACUGAGGAAGACUCCGACAGAACGAGUGUUAAAGACACUGAUUUUAAUCUUCAGCCUGGAGGAGCUUAAAAGCAUUGUUGUGUUUUUUAUCUGUUUUAUAUGUGAUGGAUUAUUUUCUGUCUUAUUUUUGUAAUCAUACUGAAACCUUUAUUGUGUCUCUGCUCGCUGUUUAUAUCAAGUCUGAUUCAUUAAAAGUCCUAAAAUCA